UGUGUGUUUGGUUUUUUGAUGGCAAGCGAGAAGAAAAUCAAGUUUCGAUAAUUUUUUUGUAAAGAUGAUUCACUACAAUUACAAAGUGUGUUAGUGAUAGUUAUCUUGCUUUUCUGAUUUGUUUUAGUUAUAAAAAUGGAUCCCUCAAGGAGAAAUAACGCUGAAGACCAGCGUUGUAUACUUGGGCUCCAAGAUUUGAAAAUAUCCAACAAUGAGGAGGACGGUACUGAGCAGGCGCACAGCGUUGCAACUUCGAAAACAAAUAACACCCUCAGCAAAUCACGGCCAGUGGGCGCGAUCGAGAGCUUUGUGUUGGAUAACGGCACGCAAAAUAAUCGCCAGGACUAUAGCUUCUACGAGCGCUCCAAUGUGAUUGCAUCCUCCAAGUUUGCCACACCAAAACGUGUGGAAACAAUAGUGUCGAGCAACAAACGUGAUAUAAACAGUGCUUCUAUCUCUGGCAGUCCGACACGUUCUAUCGACUCACUAUCGCAGAGGUCGCUCAGUUAUCAGACCGACGAUCUGUAUGAGAUUCCUGUAGCCCCGCCGAGCCAGCAGUUCGUGCCCCCAGUGUACGAGAACGUAGAGUACUACGGCGACCAGCGGCCGGCGCCGCCGCCCUUCUACCACCAGCUGUACCAGGCAGGCCCCGCGGCUCCCGGCGGCCCCUACCAGCCCGCACCGCCCGGCGAGCGCCUGUACCAGCCCGCGCCCCCGCCCUGUGACCACCCCCUUUACCAGCCAACACCGCCGCCGCCCACCGACAACUACUACGACACGCGCUACAGCAAGGCGCAGCCCCAGGUGCCCGUCAGCUCUAAGGUCAAGCUUGUCAACCCCUCAGUCUAUGAGAAUAUGCUAUGUGCUGAACCAGGAAAGAAAAGUGACUUUAAACCAUCACAAGCAAUUAAUGAUCAGAGGUACAUUCAACAAGGAUCAGUCCCUGGGCCCCAGGUGCCCCAUAUUGCCAGCAGCAGGAGUAUGUCACAAAUGUCAAUGAAUGACAAAGGAAUCAAUGAUGUCCCACCCCCUCCUCCCUAUAAUGUUACACAUGAGAACCCGGGUAGUGAUUACACUAUUAUGAAGUCGGCUCCACCUAAAUACUCAGAUGUGAGCAUGCUAGUAAACAAAGAAAACACUUUAAAAAAGGUUGCUCCAGUUCCUUCUACAGCUGUGUAUGCCUCCAUAGCUCCCAGUGCUCAAAGGCCUAAAGCUAACAUAGCCACUGAGGUGCAGACUGCUACUUCUGCUGCCCCUAAGUUCUACCAUGCAAAACCUCCAGUUUCCAGUAGUAUGAGUAAGGACAAGCCAAUGAAUGGUAGCUAUAAUGUGAAGCCCACUGUGGUAAAUAGUAAAAUGCAUAUUAUUGAAGACACAAAUGGUUCAGACUAUGUCUGUAUGACUGGAGGCUCCUCCGUGUCGGCAGUGACUGCAGCAGGACGAGACAAUGUGUCACUGGCUUCUGAGUCAAUAAGUUCCAGACAUUUAGUAUCUGGGCUAACAACUUACUCUCCGGCCCAGUCCCCAGCACCUAGUCCUACACCAAGUUCAGUGUCACAAUUGUCUGGAGGAUCUCGGGGCUCUGGGGGGCGUGGCAAGAGUCUGCUGCCAUACAGCAUCACACCGCCGCGCCCGCCGGGCCCCAGUGAGGCCCAGCGCAAGAUCGAGGAACUCACUAGACAGCUAGAAGAAGAAAUGGAAAGACAGGAUGAGGAAGGAGAAUAUUUUGGAAUCUGCCACACGUGUGGCGCGGGCGUGACGGGCGCGGGGCAGGCGUGCCAGGCCAUGGGCAACCUGUACCACACCAACUGCUUCAUCUGCUGCUCGUGCGGGCGCGCGCUCCGCGGCAAGGCAUUCUACAAUGUGCACGGGAAGGUCUACUGUGAAGAGGACUACUUGUAUUCUGGCUUCCAACAAACCGCCGAGAAGUGUGCUAUUUGUGGUCAUCUCAUUAUGGAAAUGAUUCUCCAAGCGAUGGGCAAGUCGUACCACCCGGGCUGCUUCCGCUGCUGCGUGUGCAACGAGUGCCUGGACGGCGUGCCGUUCACCGUGGACGUGGACAACAAGAUCUACUGCGUCAACGACUACCACCGCAUGUUCGCGCCCAAGUGCGCUAGCUGCGGGAAAGGUAUAACCCCAGUAGAGGGCACGGACGAGACAGUGCGCGUGGUGUCCAUGGACCGGGACUUCCACGUGGAUUGCUACAUGUGCUGCGUGUGCGGCAUGCAGCUCACCGACGAGCCCGACAAGCGGUGCUAUCCUUUAGCCGGCAAGCUGAUGUGCCGCGCGUGCCACCUGACCACCAUCGGCGCGUCGGGCGGGCCGGGGCUGGCGCAGCCGCCGCGCCUGUCGCCCGCCUCCUACCAGUACAUGGGGUAGCCGGGCGUGGUAACUAUAGGUGAUGAUGACGAUUAUUAGCGAGCUAAGUCAGAAGGUAACCUAAUGCCAAUUUUUUUACCAUUAGAAUGAGCAAUGAGAAACUAAUUGGUAUCGAAACAGUCGCAUUCACCUUUUUAACUCAUAAAGUCUUAUAGACUUGGUUAUGUAUGGAAGCGCAGUGGUGGUUUCUAAGCGCGCGACUAAAAGUGGUAUUGGGUUACCCCUCUGAAAACGCUUACGUAUUGAGCAGAUUUAUAUCAAUAAGGAAGGAGUUAGGACUAUGGCUACAGCGGCCACAUGCAGUGAUAUAUUAACCGUUAUCUAUACAUUUAUAAUUAUUACACCUGUAUAAGGUACGCGCAUUUUGCCUAGGAAUAGAAGAACUUUAUUAACAUUUAAUCUUUAAUUAUGUUGACGUGUGUAGCUCUGAUUGCAUAACUAUGAAAAUAAAGGCUCUAAAAUUGCUUUAAUAAUGGAUUAUUUUAUACCAUGACAAUGAGGUUUAGCCCUCGACGUUUCACAAAAGUAAUGUUAUACAAAUUAGUUAUUGUGAUGUUUGAAGAGAGGACAAGUUAGCACUCGUUAAAUGGAGGCUAAAACUCUUUAAGAUUUGAUAUUAGAAAUAUACUGUUUUAGACAUAAAUUAUAAGUAAUGUUAUAAUUUUAUGUAUAUCUGUUAAAAAAGUGUAACUUAUAGUAAAUUUUAUUUCUUGAAUACCAACUCCAACGAAUUCAUGCAUCUCACGCUAAAAAUUAAGCUGUCACUGCCAGAACCCCAAACACUAGUGUGAAAAUGGUAUCAUUUCUGUAUAAAUAGUAGUCUAUGAUUGUUAUAAUAUCAUAACUGGUAACUAAAACCUAAUAACAAACAGAUUGAUGCCUGUUCCAUUGUGAUCAUUAUAGAACAAGUUUUAGUAUUUUUAAAUCACUGUUAUCGAAGCUUCACAUCAAAAUGACAUGGCAUUUAUUUAUUUGUAACUGUAAUAGUUAAUAUCUCUAUGAAUCAGCGUUAUUCAGAAUAGAAUAUGUAUGUGUUUGAAAUUUCGUAACAUACAUUUUUACCUAAAUGCUCAUCAUAAUGUAAUAAUUUAAAGACUAAUGCGGCUGUAAGCAUACACGGCUUUAUAUUUACGGAUAUGGUUCAAAAUAUGUCUGCCAUACAUAACAUUUAGAAACUAAUAGGAAUUGGAUAAAAUAUUAUGAAAUACCUGCUUUAUAAUUAUAUUGUAUGUUAAUUGUAGAAGUAUUGCAUUUAAUAAUAAUUGUACCGGGAUUUGAUUAUAUUCAUAGAAUGUAUAUAAAGGAAGAACAUCUUGACAUAUGUGGUAAAUACAUGAAUUUCCAAUGUUUUGAAAAUAAUUAUUACUCACUAAACGUAAGGAAUUGCCAAAAUGUUUCUCCUAAAAGGUUUGUACUGUUGUCAUUCAUCUAAAGUGAAAUGAUAAAAUGGCCCAUGUUAUAAAAUGCAUUUACACAUUUUAAUAUAAAUAAGUACACUAUGAGUUUGUAAUGUACAAACUGAAGCAUUCCAGUUAAGUACUGUAUUGUUUGUACUUAAAACAGUUAUAUUUAGUUCAUUAAUAUUUGUAAAUUUUGAUUUAAAAUGUGAUUAUUUGAUACCUACAUCAUAUAAGAUAGAGCAGAUUUUGUUAAGGAAUACUUUUAUUAUUUAAAUACUUUUUAAACAAUAAAUCAUUCAAAAUAU